AGAGAGAGAGAAAUGAUAGAAAAUAAAGAAAAGUGAUUGAAAGGAGAGCGAUAAAUCGAAGAAGAAUUGACCAAUCGAUUGGUUUCGAGUUUAAAUAAAAUCGAUAUUAGAAUUCGAGAGUUGGAACGCCCCCUGAAUCGAGCGAUAAUAGAGAAACGGACGACGGUCGUUGGCAGCGAUGGCGGCGGCGGCGGCGGCGGCGGUGGCGGUGGUGGUGGCGGUAGCGGUAACAGCGGCUAUGUCGACGGCGAACACCCUCUUCGGUAUCGAGAAGUCAGAAUAAUAGAAAGAAGAAGGGUGUCGCCUCUCCCGUCGACGCUUCGCUGCCGUUGCCGAUGACGACCGAGCCGAUCGCGAGACAGUCGUCGUGGCCAGUCGGAUGCUGUUGCUCGAGUGGUGCGGUUGUUGCACGAGAACGAGCUCUCUCUCUCUCUCUCCCCAUCAUCAUCAACUCGUUCUACCUCGUUGCAUCGCGCGUUCGUCAGACACACAUACGCAUUAUUUACUAUCUUUCUUUCUUUCUUUCUUUCUUUCUUUCUUUCUUUUUUUCUCUCUUUUUUUUUUUCUUUUUUUCUUCGUAAUUCUUUUCGUUCCUCGUAUUUACAACGCACGAGAUAAUACCGCGAAAAGAGAAAGAGAGAUAUAAAAACCACGAACUACACGAAUAAGUGAGAGACACACAAUAAGAGAGUGUCAACGGAAACAGUGUUGUAUCGUCAAAAGGGGUGUUCUUCAACGUUCAAGAUUUUCUACGGAUAUAUACACGUCAAGAAAUAUUAUAUCCAGGGAUAUUAUCGUCUAGGAUCCAACCAGGACAGAGAGAGAGAGAGAGAGAGAGAAAGAAAGAAAGAGAAAGAGAGAGAUAUAUAUAUAUGUAAACUCACAGACGGAGAGAGAGAAAGAAAGAGAGAAAGAGAGAGAGAGAGAGAAGAGAUUUACAAAAAAAGAAAAAAGAAACAAAAAAAUGAACGAAAUUGAUUCCUGAGAGAUUAAAAACCGUGGCUGGCGAAGGUAUUCCUUCCGAUAGGAAGGAAAGGAAAAAUAUAGAAAUUGAUAAUAAAGGAAUAAUAUCGAGGGACGAGAUUCUUAUACUCGUUGGUGUGCGAUUUAGUGAUCGUAAGUGGAGUUAUUGUUUUUCAACGGGCCGACGAAGGUGGAAGGAGGAAGAGUGGCCGAGGACGAGCAGAAGAAGACGGAGAAAAAGAAGAAGAAGAAGAAAAAAGGGAAAAGGUGAAUGAGGAGAUUUAUAUUUUCGUUCUAACACGAGUAUGAUCGGCAUAGCUCGAAGAAAUUGGGCUUUGCGCCUAUCAGUGGUGCUCAACGUUUGCGUACUACUUUAUGUAUGCGCCCAUUUUGGUUCUUCUUCCGGUCCUUGGAUCGAAGAACCACCAACCAAUUGGGCUGCCGCAGCACCACCAGCUCCAGCUCCACCUGCUGUGGCACAAGCACCACGAUCAAGAAAUUCGAUUUUACCAGGGGAUGUUAUCCCUGCUAGUGGCAUUGCUGGUGGUGCUGCUGCUGGUGGAUCGUCAAUCGAUCGAUUUUCGAAUGAUACUCUGAUCUCUGUCCUUUCUUCUUCCUUUUCAUCUUCCUCCUCCUCAUCGUCUUCAUCUUCUUCUUCUUCUUCUUCUUCGUUACUAUCACCACCUGUCCCACCCUCCUCAACGAACAAAAGAAACAAGAAGAAAGGUUUACUGAAUAAAAUGAUCGGAGGAAUCGUCACCAUGAAACCUACUUCGAAGGAGGCCAAGGUCGAAAUAUUCAACGAUACGAUUCGACGAGACGAUCGUGCUCGCAAUCGUACGAAAAACAUCAAUGGACCGGCACCGGCACCAAUACCAGAAAUACCAAUUGUCAGUCUGAAGGAAGCCAUAUCUUGCAACGAAAAAUCAUUAGAACCUAGAAGAGCCCAACGUGGCGAUUAUUGGGUUCUAUAUAAUUACGUACCUAUGAGUAUGAACGUGAAAUGUUGGGAAAGCGUAACAUAUACAACUCAUGCCGAUUACACCUUUCUGGAUAACUUGGAACCAUUGUUGGAACGUUGGAGAGCACCGAUAUCGAUCGCGAUGCAUGCUCCUGGCACAGACUUUUCGGCGACAUUAGACGCGAUCAAAUAUUCGAGGAGUUGUGGUAGCCCAUUGGUUUUUCAACUGGUGACAUUUCAUGUCUUUUUCAGCAGUAAACACGUGCCAAAAUCGGUUCCACCAUCGGAAAAAGUUAUGUCCGAUACGUACAAUUGUACGUUGGGACCACCCUGGGUAAAUAUAACGCUUUCGAAGAUGUACAAAAACGAAAAGAAACUUCUUUAUCCCGUUAACGUUGGAAGAAAUAUAGCAAGGGAAUCAGCACCGACAUAUUAUGUUUUUGCAAGUGACAUAGAAUUAUAUCCGAGUCCAAAUCUUCCGGAAAAGUUUCUUGAAAUGAUCCGUAGGAGAGAUCAACCGGCAUUGCAAAAAUCUAAUCCGAAGGUUUACGUCUUGUCCAUAUUCGAAGUUAACGAAAAGUAUCGACCACCGAACAAUAAAACUCAUUUGGUACAAAUGUUGAAAGCAGGAACAGCUAUUCCAUUUCAUAAGAAGCUUUGUUCCGGUUGUCACAACGUUCCACGUAGCAAGGAAUGGCAGGAAGCUCCUGAAACCGAAGGUCUUCAUGUAUUUCACGUUGGAAAGCGUACAGGUAGCUUCGUUCAUUGGGAACCUAUUUUUAUAGGAACUAACGAAGAACCUUUGUACGACGAACGACUCAGUUGGGAAGGAAAAAGUGAUAAAAUGCCGCAGGGUUACGCUCUCUGUGUCCUUGAUUACGACUUUCUCAUUCUGGACAAUGCAUUCUUGGUUCAUCGUCCCGGUAUAAAGAUCUUCAAAAAGGAUCCUCAUCGUGAAAUGCUUACUGCUAAGACGAACGCAUUGAUCAAGAAAAUUAUCGUACCAGAAUUAAAAAUCUUAUAUGGUACAAGAAAAGGAUGUGCUGUCUAGCCAUUACCAUCACGGGCGUCUUAGCGCUCUAGACGGACAAAAACAAGUAAAUCAAUACUGACUAGCUCGCUAAUUUGAAAGAGCUACCAUUCGAUCUUAAUGUUUCUACGCCAAUAAUUCUAAACGCAAAUUAAGCGUGUUACUAAAGAUCGUCAUUCAAAAUGUUAAUAUGUUCCAUGAAUCGUGCCAAUUCAAUGAUAAAUUAUCAAAGAUCCAAUAUCGUCGUUUUUCAUUAACGUUUCUCUAAGGUUUUUCUAAAGUCAAAAAUGUUGUGAUAAAGAGAAGAAGGAAAAAGAAUAUGCAAAUCGAUAGAGACAGAGAAGGAGAGAGAGAGAGAGAGA